AUGCUGAGUCCAAGAACAGUGAGACUUUUAAUUUAUAGCAUUGGAAUUGUUUUGUUAAUGUCAUUGAAAUUGGUAAUGACAGAGAGUCUUGGUAUGUCAAAACUUGUGACAGUUGAUUUUGAGAUUUAUGGAAGAGUCCAGGGUGUUUGCUUCAGAAAAUAUACUCAAAAGGAGGGUAAAAAAUUAGGAUUAAUUGGAUGGUGCAUGAAUACUGAUAGAGGAACUGUUAUUGGACAAUUGCAGGGAGAAAAAAGUAAAGUUCAUGAAAUGAAACUUUGGCUACAACAUAAAGGAAGUCCAAGUUCAUCAAUCGAAAAAGCUGAAUUUCGUAAUGAAAAAGAAAUAAGUGAAUUAACAAUGUCUGGUUUCUCCAUUAAAAAAUAAUUCAAUUUUUUUUGUUUGUUGAAUUACUUUUUAUUAAAUAUUUUCUCGAGAGAAAAAAAUUUUUGUAUUAUAGACAAUUUAUUUUCUUAAUAGAAAUAAUAAUAAUAAUAGAAUAAUAAUGUAAUAUUUAUUUUUUGUAAAAAUUAAUUUGUUUUUACUAAGUUAUUUAUAUUAUUUAUUUUUUAACAAAUCGAUACUUUUAGAGAUUAUUGAUUGCAAUUAUAAAUGUAUAUAGUUUUAUUUAUUUAUUUUUAAUAAUUUUAUACCUAAUUGACCAAAAAAAAAAAAAA